UAAUCUAGUCAGCACAGUUUUAGCACCUGCUGCUUGUGACAGACUCGUCUGAUGAGAGGCUUUUGCUUCUAUAGGCAUCACUCCAGCUUUAAGUUGUGAUAGAUUUCAGCUAAUAAUGAGAGCAGAUCCAUAUAUGUGAAGGAGACUGACAGUAUGGAUGUAUGGGGGCUGCUAUCUCUGCAGCCACCGCUCCAUGUUACGCAGGAAGCAUCGAGAGGCAAAGCAGCUCGGGGACAGAGGGGAAGGAGGGGCCCCGCGUGAGUGAAGCCAGCAGGAGGCCGAACAUGGCCAGUGAGGACGUACUGGAGGACCUGCCAGAGGAUCUAGCAGUUGAUUCCCCGCUGGCUGCUGAGCAGAAUGACACAGAGUCUUCGAGCGACCCAGGCGGGCUGUCCGUGCUCCAGCAGCUCGGUCUGGACCAGAACUCGGACUUCUCGGACUCGAGCGUGCAGCAGCGGCUGGACGAGCACCGCGAGAGGAUCCGCAGAGAGAUCCGCAAGGAGCUGAAGAUCAAGGAGGGCGCCGAGAAUCUGCGCCGGGCCACGACCGACAAGAGGAACGCCCAGCAGGUGGACUCGCAGCUCCGCAGCUCCACACGCAAGCUGGAGUCCCUUCACACUCAGCUGCAGGAGCUGGACGCUCACAUUGUGGUCAAAGGCCCAGAUGACAGCAAAGAUGCCCCUAACUCUCCGGGGUCAGUGGGUCGGACGUCGGCCACUCAGCACCGCAUUGCAGCUCUGGAGCGGCAGCUGAACAUUGAGCUGAAGGUCAAACAGGGAGCAGAAAACAUGAUCCCAAUCUAUAUGAACGGAGGUACCAAGGACAAGAAGCUCCUCCAGACAGCUCAGCAGAUGCUGCAGGACAGCAAGACAAAGAUCGACAUCAUCCGCAUGCAGAUCCGAAAGGCCAUGCAGGCCACAGAGCAGUCCGAGGACGGCCAAAGUAAACCGGACAUGUGUGGCGUGGAGCUCCGUGUGGAGGAGCUGUGGCACCACUACCGCGUGGAGCACGCCAUGGCCGAGGGAGCCAAGAACAUGCUGCGACUGCUGGGCGCAGGAAAGGUCCAGGACAAGAAAGCCAUGGCUGAGGCCCAGUGUGGUCUGAGCGAGUCGUCCCAGCGUCUGGACCUGCUCAGGUGCUCUCUGGAGCAGAGGCUGCAGGAGCUCCCCGAGGAUCACCCCAAGGCCUGCCUCAUCAAGGAGGAGCUGGUGCUGGCGUCGUCCUCGGCGUUCAGCUCGCGCCACAGCACCCCGUAUGUCCAUAACCAGUACAGCACCCUGAGCAAACCCUCUCCUCUCACAGGCUCUCUUCAGGUGCGUCUCCUGGGCUGUAUGGGGCUGCUGGAGGUCAUCCCGGGACGCAGCAGAGGGACGCCAGUGGUUCUUCCCUCUCACUCGGUGGGAGAUGGACGCUCCUCCUUCAAAUUGAGUGGCCUCUACAGCCGCAGCACCAGCAGCAUGAGCCUCAAGAUCCCCGGCAAGACAGACGAGCUCUCCUCGGAGGUGAGCGCAGUAUUGAAGCUGGAGAACACAGUAGUGGGUCAGACAGCUUGGAGGACUGUUGGAGAACAGGCCUGGGAUCAAACCUUCACUGUCGAACUGGAGAGGUCCAGAGAGAUGGAGAUCGCGGUGUACUGGAGAGAUUACCGCUCCCUGUGUGCUCUCAAGUACCUGAAGCUGGAGGAGUUUUUGGACAACCAGAGACACAGAGUCCAGUUAGAGCUGGAGCCUCAGGGGCUGCUGCUGGCUGAGGUGAUUUUCUUCAACCCGGUGAUAGAGCGAGGCCGUCGACUCCAGAGGCAGAAGAAAGUUUUCUCGAAACAGCACGGUAAAGCUUUCCUCCGAGCUCGCCAGAUGAACGUGGACAUCGCGACUUGGGUCCGUCUGUUGAGGAACGCCAUCCCCAGUGGAAGCAACGCGCCUGCCUACACGCCGAGUUUCACGAGCAACACGCUCACACACAGCACAGGGGAAAUCUCUGUGGAGAAGCUGAAUCUGGGCAGCGACUCGCCUCCCAAACCUGAGGUCAGGAGAGACGUGGUGGAUGCACCUGCUCCUCUGGAGCAGACGCCGGUCAUCGAGCCCCCAACCACACCGGGUGUCCCUGUUCACGAGCAGCCGACCAGAUCCUUGUCCCAGAACUCUUUACCCAGACCCAGCAGAGGCCCACUUUGUCUGCAGGACUUCAGGCUGAUGGCGGUGCUGGGCAGAGGCCACUUUGGAAAGGUGUUGCUGUCAGAGUACAAGAGGACGAGCAGCCUUUACGCCAUCAAAGCGCUGAAGAAGGGAGACAUUGUAGCGCGGGAUGAAGUGGAAAGUCUGAUGUGUGAGAAGCGGAUCUUUGAGACUGUCAACGGCUCCCACCAUCCCUUCCUGGUCAACCUGUUUGCAUGUUUCCAGACACCAGAACAUGUUUGUUUUGUCAUGGAGUACACGGCAGGAGGAGACCUCAUGAUGCACAUACAUGCUGACGUCUUUUCUGAGCCACGCGCUGUGUUUUAUUCAGCUUGUGUGGUGUUGGGUCUGCAGUUCCUCCACGACCAUAACAUAGUUUAUCGGGAUCUUAAACUGGACAACCUGCUGCUCGAUACAGACGGUUUUGUGAAGAUAGCAGACUUUGGUCUUUGUAAAGAAGGCAUGGGUUUUGGGGACAGGACCAGCACCUUCUGUGGAACUCCCGAGUUUCUGGCCCCAGAAGUGCUGACCGACACGUCCUACACCAGAGCUGUAGACUGGUGGGGGCUCGGGGUCCUCGUCUAUGAGAUGCUGGUUGGAGAGUCCCCAUUCCCUGGUGAUGACGAGGAGGAGGUGUUUGACAGCAUAGUGAACGAUGAAGUGCGAUACCCUCGCUUUCUCUCCACCGAAGCCAUUGGCAUCAUGAGACGGUUGUUGAGAAGGAAUCCUGAGCGACGUCUGGGCUCUGGAGAAAAAGAUGCUGAAGACGUGAAAAAGCAGCCUUUUUUCAGGGGAAUGGACUGGGAGGCGCUGCUUCAGAGGAAAGCCACGCCACCGUUUGUGCCGUCCAUCGGAGGCAAAGAAGACGUCAGCAAUUUUGACACCGAGUUCACAGCCGAGCCUCCUGCCCUCACACCGCCCCGCGAACGCCGCACACUCUCCCGCAAGGAACAGGACUUCUUCAAAGACUUUGAUUACAUCUCCGACCUCUGUUAAGGUCAGGGGUCAAAAGGGUUUUCAGCUGCCCACUGCCGGCCACAGACUCUGAAAAGGGAGACUGAGACGGAAAGUAAAGGCCAAGUCUGUCCUGUGAAGACAGAGAAGAACUUGAAGGAGACGAGAGGCGAAGAAUCGCUCUCUCGCCGUGACCUUUUUCUCUCUCUCUCUCUCUCUCUCUCUGCGUUUGUGAGGCAGAGCGUGUGUGAACAGAGAUCAGUGGAGUGUGAUGGCGUGUAGCACUCACACGCAGUGUCAUGGAUCUGCUGACAUCCAGAUUAUCUGGAGUGGCUUUUAGAGGAGGAGGAAGUAGCGGUGAUGACAGAAGAUAAUCCAGAUUAUGUAACAAAUGGAAGUUGAAAUGAUGGAUCCUGUUGUUUGUCCUGCCUGGCAACACAGCGACACAUAAAGAGGAAAAAGAAAGAAUCUGUGAUUGUACUCGAGCUUAAAGAGCCUCAAAAUCACAGGAAGAAGCGAUAAUUCUGACAGGACGCGGUUUCUCUCUUCUUCCUGGACUUUCUCUAAUCUCUUGUCCCUUUAUCUCUGCUGUUUGUUGCUGCCAUGGUUGUGUGUGUGUGUGUUUGACUGUGUUCAGUGUCCUUGCAUCUGUCAUGAACGUAUACAUGUCAGCUGCAAUCGUGCACCACCUGCAAAUGAACACAUGGGGGAGCCAGAGGAGGGGAGAGCCCUUUCGUGAUGGAGAGGUAAAGAGUGUGGGGGUUCAGAGAGGGAGGGCAGCUGGGUGCUGUUGGUGUCUUUCUCUCGUCUCCUGUCUGUCUUUCAGUACAACACUGAGUUUUAACUACGAUCACUCUUUUACAGAUUUUGUUCGGCUUUUGUGAUUUUUAUUUUGGUUUUUUCUUGUUUUAUUGUUUUCGUCUGUUUAUUCCUUUGUCAUUUGCUGGUGAAACUGUGACUCAGUAAAGAUGUGAACCCAA